AUGGUCUUCACAGAGGAGAGGUUUCCUGUUGCGGCUGGCUCUACUUCACUGCUGAGAAAUGCUAGCGACAUCAGUGGACGGAGGAGGAAUUACAGACGGGAAAGCAGUUUGCAAAGCAGAGGACGACAUCUUUUGAAUCUCCGACUUCCUCCUGUUCCGAAAACCACAACGAAGAAGCAGGGUCAGUCAAAGAUGAACAGUCUUAAAGCGAAAG